GAGCCAUCGAUCAACAAACGCACUCAACCGUUAUUCUAUGCCCGUGACCCGGUCCCGGACUUACUUGAGUGACAUCGGCCUCGAGGACAGCAACAACACGACCGGCUUCCUGUUCGGAGACGAAGACUCGAAUUCGGCAGAGAACAGAACGACUCCCACAGCGCAGGUUGGUAAUACCGACCCAUUCCCAUCCUUAUUCCGGCAGCAGGCAUAUCCAAGCAUGACUUCUGCCUCUUCUGCUGCCCUCGACCUUGCCCUCUCACAACAGACUUCUGGGCCCGAGCAACUUUCAAACGGGUGGAACAGCAUUAACAGACAUCACCACAAGCAGAAUAUGUCUACUAUGGGCUCCAAUCAACAUAACGGCGGUGCGCCGCUCGGUUCGCCCUCCGAAGCCAGCACCAUUGGCAGCACCCGUCCGGCCAAUGUCCGCCACUCGAUCGACGGCAUAAAGCUCUUUCCAGAGACCACGACUUCUGCGCUGGAUACACCUGCUACCUCAGUCGUCGCACCUCCCAACUCCCACAUCCUGGCAUCUCCCCCCACGCUGCACCAGUCCUAUUCCGCCAACGACGUGCCGACCGUCAAGCCCAACGGUACCACGAUCAUUGGGAGCAACGCGAACAACCACGCCCAGCAGCACUUCCACAACCACAACGCUAGCAUUGGCCGCAUUCCCGUUGGCGCCAUGCCUAGUCGUCACAAUCGCGAGCUGUCAUCGGAUGGCUCGUCGGGUAACGGCCGCGAUGCUGCCACAUACCCGUCCAUCACCUCGACUUUGCAGGCUAGCGCGCCACCCUUCGGCCCCUCCUCCACUCAGCCGCAGCAAGCCUCAUCGGCUGCGGCGCCCGCCAUGACCGCGCCGGCUCCUACCAUGCCGUAUCCGUUCUACCCUGCAAACCCGGGUUACAAUGCCAUGGGCGCCCCCCCUCCUGCUGGCUACAACGCCCUCCCCAUGCUGAUGCAGAACAUGUCGGUCUCCAACGGCAACCCUCCGGCCAUGUACCCGCAGCAAAAUUAUACGGGCUACAACCCCCUCUACAACCAGCCUUCGGCCCCUAGGCCGCACCAGGACAGCCAGGCGCGCGUCAUCCAGAGCCGCCGCCAGAUGGACAGUGAAGCCAUGGCUCGCUUCAACAAUCUGCCGCUUGAACAGGUUGGCGGGACUAUCUACUCUCUUUGCAAGGAUCAGCACGGCUGCCGCUACCUGCAGAAGCAACUGGAGAACCGCAUUCCUGAGCAAAUCCACAUGAUCUGGCUCGAGACCAACCAGCACGUGGUCGAGCUGAUGACCGACCCCUUUGGCAACUAUCUUUGCCAAAAGCUGCUCGAGUACUGCAGCGACGACGAACGUACCGUUCUGAUCCAGAACGCAGCACCGAGUAUGGUGUCGAUCGCCCUGAACCAGCAUGGUACUCGAGCCCUCCAGAAGAUGAUCGAGCAUGUGACCACGCAGGUUCAGAUCAACCUGAUCGUCGAGGCCCUCCGCAACCAGGUCGUCGAGCUCAUCCAGGAUCUUAACGGUAACCACGUUAUCCAGAAGUGCCUGAACAAGCUCAGCGCCGCCGAUGCCUCCUUCAUCUUCGACGCGGUUGGCAAGCACUGCGUUGAAGUGGGCACUCACCGCCAUGGCUGCUGCGUCCUCCAGCGCUGCAUCGAUCACGCCGACGGCAACCAAAAGGUCUGGCUCGUCGAGUGCAUCACCGAACACGCCGUCACCCUGGUUCAGGACCCGUUCGGCAAUUACGUCGUUCAGUACAUCAUUGACCUCAACGAGGCCACCUUCACGGAGCCGCUGGUGAAGCAGUUCGAGGGCCGCAUCGCGCAGCUGUCAAAGCACAAGUUCAGCUCCAACGUGGUGGAGAAGUGCUUGCGCUGCGCUUCAGAUGAGUCUCGGGACAUGAUCGUGUCGGAGCUUCUGGCCCCCGGCGAGAUCGAGCGACUGCUUCGCGACUCGUUUGGCAACUACGUGAUCCAGACCGCUCUCGACUACUCGACUCCCAUCUCGAAGCACCGUCUUAUCGAGGCCAUUCGUCCGCUCCUCCCCAGCGUCCGCGCCACCCCUUAUGGCCGCCGCAUCCAGGCCAAGAUCCAGGCUUACGAUAACCGCACUGGCCCGAACAAUGCCGGACAGGUGCUGCCGACCGAUCCCGCGGGUGGUCAAAUCUCCAUCCGCUCGGCCCACAACCGAGCCAUGCCGAAUGGCGCUUCGGUACUCUCAACCGGAACGUACGCCAACGGCGCCAAUACAAACCACGGUGCCGGCAUGAACGGUGGUCACGCACCCGGCCCUGUGUACCCCAGCAGUGCGGCCAUCGCAGUCCCUCCUUCUCAGAACCAGACGGCCGCCCAGCAACAACAACAGCAGCAGCAGCAGCAGCAACAGCAACAAAAGCAGCAGCAGCAGCAACAGCAACAGCAACAGCAACAUCAGCAGCAGCAGCAGCAGCGCCCGCAGCAGUUCCAGCCUCAGUAUAAUCCCGUUGGAAAUGCUGAGAAUGGCGAGCCUCAAUGGGUCUGAUCGUUGCCAUCGCUGUGCGGCCCACGCGGCUUACACGAAGCGAUGAGACUUGGGCUUGGUCAUCCGCAUUUUUUUGCGGCUUCUCCCUCCCUUGCUACAUUAGCUACGAAAAGGCAUCAUCAACAUGCUAUGACCGUCAUGACCGUUUCCUCUUCUCACUGUUUCCACUAGCGAUGACUGGCACGGUAUUUCCGUUUUCCUCACGAUGCGACACGGUUCUUCACUGGGCGACGACGAACAAUAACCAAUCGAGCUUAAGCACCUUCCCGAGAUUUAUGGCUCUUGUCUCGGGGAGGCCCGCUUUGUUGUACACUAUCCGCUCGACAGGUACAAGUCACUCGCG